AUGCGUGCAUUUAUACACCGACUCUGUGCCCUGUCAGUGGUGCUGGCCGGGGUGCACACAGCAAACGGCAAGCCAGAAGCCCUUGUCUCAUCGCCAGGUGAUACAGCAGUCAUUCCAGGAUGGAGUCUCCAGUCCGCCACCCGUGUAGAUGGCGACUUGUCCGCCUUAUCGAAGCCGGGGGCUCAAACCGGUACAUGGUACUCGGUGAGCUCCCGCGGAACCGUUAUGGCUGGAUUGAUCCAGAACGAAGUGUACAAGGAAGACGACAUUUUCUAUUCCAACCAUAUGGAGAAACUCGCAGGGCAAGCAAUCUUCAAAGCACCCUGGAUAUAUCGCCAAGAGAUUACACUUCAUCCGAAAUCCGAGAAUUACUUCGCACUGAAGACGCAUGGGAUAACGUCGAAAGCGGACAUUUACUUCAAUGGUGCCCUUAUUGCGUCUAGUGAAGAGCAACAGGGCUCGUAUGGAGGUCAUACUUAUGAUUUGACAGACCAUGUGAAAGAUGGUAUCAACUGUGUUCUGAUCCGGGCUUAUCCCACGAACUAUCUUCGUGACUUCGCUAUGGGCUUUGUGGACUGGAAUCCGUACCCAGCUGACAAUGGUACCGGCUUGUGGCGCAAUGUGGAGGUUUCACAGACGGGCGCUGUUUCGAUGUCUCCAUUCCGAGUGAUCACUGAUUUUACCAAGCCUGGCAUGGGUGACACGGUGAGUGUAACUCUGAGGACCAAGCUUGUCAAUCACGCCGCAACGUCCGUGCAAGUCACGAUGAAAGCAAGGAUUCAUUGUCCGGGUGGUACUGAGGCAGGCUCGAUAACAUAUGGAGUCAAACUCGAGGCUGGUGAGCAAAAUAUCGCCUCAGUGAGGGUUCCGAUUCAGAAUCCCCAAAUUUGGUGGCCCGUUAGUUGGGGACUCCAGCCACUCUAUACCGUCCAAGCUGGCAUAUUCACAGGGAAUGGAGAGGGCGAGCUAUCGGAUAUAUCCCCCCUCCAGGAGUUCGGUAUCAGGCACGUCUCGUCGACGGUAAAUCAAUACAACGACACCGCAUUUAGCGUUAAUGGCCACCCAUUCCAGGUUCUGGGUGCAGGGUAUAGCUCAGACAUGUUCAUGCGCUUUGAUGAGAAGAGAGUUGAGAAAAUUUUUCGAUAUGUGAUUCAUAUGGGACUCAAUACCGUUCGCCUUGAGGGAAAGCAGGAGCACCCGGAGCUAUACACGCUCGCUGACCGUAUGGGCAUUAUGGUGCUAGCAGGCUGGGAAUGCUGUGAUAAGUGGGAAGGUUGGGAUUAUAAUUCCGAUGCUGAUGGUGUCAAAUGGGGAGAGACCGACUAUCCCAUCGCUCGAGCUUCCAUGCUUCAUGAGGCGGAGAUGAUGCAGGCUCAUCCGUCAAUGCUCGGAUUCCUGGUGGGAUCAGACUAUUGGCCUAACGACCAUGCGACCACGACCUACAUGGAUGCUCUGAAGAAAAUGGACUGGCGUAAUCCUGUUAUUGCAUCAGCGAGCAUGCGUGGGUUUCCAGAAGCCCUUGGACCAUCCGGAAUGAAGAUGGACGGUCCUUACGACUGGGUGCCGCCCAAUUACUGGUACGGCGAGGACGAGGGAGCUGCAUUUGGGUUCGGGUCCGAACUGGGCGCUGGUGUUGGAACGCCUGAAAUGGGAAGCUUGAAGAAAUUCCUUUCCCAGAACGAUAUGGAUCAGCUCUGGAAGGAGCCGAACAUAGGUCUCUACCACAUGUCCAGCAACGUCUCGUCAUUCUACAAUCGGGAAAUAUACAACGAGGGUCUGUUCUCUCGAUACGGGAAGCCCACCAGCGUUGAUGACUACAUUGCGAAGUGUCAGAUGGCAGACUAUGAGGCCACUCGUGCGCAGUUCGAAGCGUACUCAGCUCGCCAGAACGCAUCGCGACCAGCGACCGGCUCGAUCUACUGGAUGUUGAAUAGCGCCUGGCCUAAUAUGCAUUGGCAACUCUUCGACCACUAUCUCAGUCCCAUGGGAGCUUACUUCGGCACUCAAGUCGGCACGCGCGAGGAGCACGUAGCUUAUGACUAUGAGAACGAGUCAGUCUGGCUGAUCAACCAUUCUUUGGAGACGGAAGGAGAUCGAGAGAUCACAAUUGAUCUCAUCGAUACCAACGGAAAGAAGAUCUAUGGGGAUAAGGUCAAAACUCGUACCAGCCCACUUUCAUCAAAAGAAGUCCGAGACGUGAGUGGUAUAGACAAGAUCACGGAUGUCGCGUUUUUGCGCCUAACGCUGUAUGAUGCGAAGGGAAAGGAACCCCUGCUGAGCCGAAACGUGUACUGGCUCUCGCCCAAGCCCGAUGUUUUGGACCGGUCUAAGUCUAACUGGUAUUAUACCCCAGUCACCACCUAUGCCAACUUCUCCAGGCUGGAGCAAAUGGCACCAGCCACCGUGAACCCCUCUAUUGGCGAAGUCAAAGCCGUGAAUGGCUGGAAAUCAUUUGAAAUUUUGCUUGAGAACCAGUCCAAAGUGCCCGCUGUCUUCAUACGACUGAAUGCUCUCAAGUCAGACGGUACGGAAAUCACGCCGAUUCUCUGGUCAGAGAACUACGUGACACUUUGGCCGAAGGAGAAGUUGUAUUUGAAGGCUAGAUUCGAGGGUGAACUGCACAAUAUUACAGUUGAGCUUUCUGGAAGGAACUUGAAUAAACAGGUGGUGAAGGGCCCUAAGUAA